UUGAUAGGAUGGGAACAGGAAGGCUGCCCGCCGACCGUUCGAUGCUAUACCUCAAUGAUCCUUGGGUACUGUAAGCUGGGGAGGGUCGAUGAAGCCAAGGGUUUGGUUGGUAGGGCUGAGGAUAAGGACGCCGUGAUGUACACGAUUUUGAUUGAUGCGUUGUGUAGAAGAGGAGAGGUUGAUGAGGUCGAGAAGAUUUUGGAGGGGAGUGAGUUCAAUGGAUGGAAGCCUAACGACGUUACUUAUAAUGUUUAUAUAAAUGGGCUUUGUAAGUUAGGGGAGGUCGACAGGGCUUUCAGGCAGUUGGAUGUCAUGAGGGAAAAUGGUUUUUUACCGACACUGGAAACCUUGCACAUACUUUUCGCUUCUCUGUGUCGUGAUCAGAGCGACGAGAGAUUAUGGGAGGCGAAGGCUUUGUUGGAUAGGAGUAAUGAGCUGGAUUGGGAUGUGAAUGCAUAUUUCUACUGUACUCUUAUGAGUAAAUUUUGUGACAAGGGCAUGAAUAAACCGGUGGUUAGCCUUUUGACGUGUAUGUUCAAGCGAGGAAUUGAGCCAGAUACUUGUACAUAUACGGUAGUUCUUCGUAGCCUUUGUAAGAAGAAGUAUUUGAGGAAGGCAAAAUGUAUUUUUCAUAGUAUGGGUUCUGAGGCUGACAUCGUGGCAUAUAACACUUUGCUUCUCGGUUUCAACAGGGCAAACGAGCACAAUGAAGUGUACAUAUUAUUUAUGAAUAUGGUUGAAGAUAAAGUUUCACCGAAUGGAUUUACAUUCUGUGUCCUGAUGGAUAGUCUCUGUCGAGAAAAUAAAUAUCCAGAAGCAGUUGAUUGUUUUAUUCAGUCUAUCAGAAAUGGGUUUAAUCGAAAUUUGAUAAGCCGUCCCAUAUGGUGGCUGGUUAAGGAAGGGAAGGUGAAGGAGUUGCUAAAUUUGUUUGAAGAAAUGUUUGGACGAGGUUUUGUAUUAAAUGAUUUUGUAUUUGAUCCAUUGAUCAGGGCUUUCUGCAGGAAAGGCCUUUGUCGAAGUGUACAAUCAGAUAUAUUCUCUCUUAUUUUUGAUAAAAUGCUCAGUACUAGAUGAUUCUUCUCAAACUUGCAUCAUUAGAAAGAGCUCAAUUGAGGUAAUAUCUGACCUUCUAAUAUCGUAGUCGUAGCAUUUGCUAAUUGCCUAAUUCCACAUGUAUUAGCUGGAACUGCACAUUCAACGAAUAAUGCGGCCACAGUUCCUUUUCUUGUCCACAGUGAUAUAGGCAUCGUUUACCUACCGAUGGUGGUUUUGUUCUUAAAGACGUAGUCAAUGUGCAGAUGAAAAAAAACCACAUGUCGUAUCGUUUCUCAUAAAAUCUCAUGAUUGAAGAUGCUUUACUGAUUAUCCUUGUCUGGUAUUAUGUUACAUGUUCUAGAUUAGCAUUUUUUUUAUAGGACCCCUAUAAGAAUGUCUAGUUUUCGAGUAAAUGCAAGCACCAUCUUUGCUUUCUCAUAGGAUAUGAAACUGGAUGUUCUGAACCCUAUUUUACGGGAAGUCAUUUACUAAAGAUCCAUAGUAUAAGUUAAAUAGGGAUGAUUUACUAUAUCUUGAAUACUGGAAAACAUAAGUUACUCUUUUUUUUAAUUAUUUUUUAACUAUUUUUAUUAUUAUAACUCUGAUCUUGUUUGUAUGAACACUUGCCGAAUGUUGCAUGAGGAUACAUCUUUGAAUUCUACUGCAAGAUACUGCAAGUAACAACCAGGGGACGAAAUUUUAGGCCCCUGGACUGACCGUGAUUUAUUUCUAGACCCCUGACAUUUUCUGCCGUUGUAUUUUACCUCUAGCUGUUGCUUGAAUGUCUAGUUUCAUAUAUACAUGUCCACACAAAACCUAGACAUGGAUUUCAUGAGAAUGCCAGUUGGCUUUCUCCCUAAAACUGGAUUCGGAAAAUCUGACAGCCCAUAAAAUCUUAAAUAUAGAGUUUUGUAGAAAAACAAGCACAAGGAUACUUGAAACGGUAAUUUCGAGCCCUCUCUUCAGAAAAAAAUCAUAGCAGGAAGUAAUCAAGGAUGUGUUAGAUAGGGAUGCAUGACUGAUAGUUCAUGGAGUUAUACAUUAAAAAAAAAUUAUGCUCUUCACAAUGAUUAUUUGCAAACAAUUCUCAAUGUUUGAUGUUCUCAUUUGAUCUCUUCCGGCUACUCUGAGAAACAACUCUUCAUCAACAACAAAUUUAUCAUCUUGGAUCGAAUCAAAGACAAUCUUGUACGCAUGGAUGAAGCAAGAACUUUCGAUCUCUUGAGGAGGGUUCAGUCUCUUUUAUUAUCCUCUCUACGGUUCAUGAAAGAGGCAGCUGUUACGGCUCGUGGAGGAGGAGGCCUCGGGUGCUGAAGGCAAUCAAUUAGGCGGCGAAAGAAAUUGAAGACUGAACGACCGCGACAUAUAAGAAAGGCUAUCUGGCCGAUGACUCCGCCUGUGCACGCCGCAAUGGCCAGAGGCUCCAUGGUUUGAGAAGAAGGAAGGAAGGGGGUUAUUAGGACUUUAUAAAUGAAUUCAGGGUCUUUGUGCUGUGGGGGUUUUGAUAUUGAAAGAGAGAGGUUACUGAUUUAUAGGGGUUUUAGGUCGUUUUGUUUUGAUGGAUGGGAGAUAAUUAAGGCUGGAAUUAAAUUUCGAAAACAAUAUUUGGGUUUUACUUGGCCAUAGGGAUGGAUUUUGGUAGUUUUUUUUUCUUAUUGUUCCAACUGUUAUUUUGUAAAGAAACAGAUUGGCCC